AUGUUCCUCUCGCGCCUCGUAAUGACUGCAAAACAAUUCUCCACAUCUGCCGUUGCCAGUUUCCCAAAACUCAAGACGCACAGCGGUACAAAGAAACGGUGGAGAGCGCUCAGCAAUGGCAAGUUCAAACGCGCACACGCAGCACACGCGCAUUUGAACGUCGCUAAGAGACCAGGGCGUAAGAACGCACUCUGCCAGACGGCAUAUUCCAGCGGAGCGCAGACGCCGACCUUGAAAAAACUUAUGCCCUACGCCUAG